CGCGCCCCGCCCACUGGAGGAGGAGCCAUGUCUCUUCUCUUCUAAACGCUAGCAGCGAGAAUAAUACUUCACAGCCUCAAACACAGAAGCGCAGAACAGUCUUCAGUCGCCGCGGUAGAUGUGCGACUCCAAAAGGGGGCACAGCGACUGCGAUAAAGAAGGGACAAGAAAACGCACUCAGAGGGAGAAUGCCAGCUAAAACCAUGAACUCCGAUUUGGAAUUUGACUCCUUGCAACCUUGUUUUUACCCGGACGAGGAUGACUUCUACUUCUGCAGACCAGACGCUGCACCGCCUGGUGAGGACAUCUGGAAGAAAUUCGAGCUGCUGCCCACUCCUCCUCUGUCCCCGAGCCGGGCAGCGCUUCCAGGGGACCCAGGGGAGCUGGGUGCUGUGGCUGGGGAUUGCUCUCUGAUGGGAUUUGGAUUAACGGACCCAUUGGACUGGGCUUCCGAGCUUCUGUUCUUACCAGAAGACGACAUUUGGGGGGCAUCAGAUGGGGACCUCUUUGGCUCAGUUUUGGAUACUACAGACAAUUCCAUCAUCAUUCAGGACUGCAUGUGGAGUGGCUUCUCAGCACGUGAGAGAUUGGAGCGGGUGGUGAAUGAGAAACUCGGGAAAGCCAUCUCUGCUCCUACCGUUACUGAAGCCGGUAAAGACACGACAGUCAAGACACCCGAAAUGAGCCACUCUGUACCAGAGUGUGUGGACCCUACUGUGGUUUUCCCUUAUCCAGUCAACAAAAGAAACGGGAGCAGCAACAACAGCCAAAGUGUGACACAGCUGAGGAGCCAACACUUGCCUCCAGUCAGUGCAGAUGAGACACCAAGUGACUCUGAUGAUGAGGAUGAUGAAGAAGAAGAAGAUGAUGAUAUGCAGGAGCUCAUUCUGAAGAGGACGGCAGCAGCCUCCAUCCACCAGCAGCAGCAUAACUACGCAGCCCCAUCCCCUUACUCUGACCAGCAAGACGUACCCAGUGCUCCCCCAAGCAAGAAACUCCGAAUCGACAACAGCACUAUAACUCUACGCACUGGCAGGAACCAGAACUCUUCCCCAAACUCCCCUACUAACGGUGUACCAAGCCAGCGAAUGAGGAAGAGCGACUCCAGCAGCCCACGAUGCUCCGAUUCUGAGGACAGCGAACGCCGGCGAAACCACAACAUCCUGGAGCGCCAGCGGCGCAACGACCUGCGCUCUAGCUUCCUCACUCUGCGCGACCAGGUGCCCGAGCUGGCGCACAACGUCAAGGCAGCGAAGGUGGUCAUCCUUAAGAAGGCCACCGAGUACGUCAGCUCCCUAGAGGCCCGAGAGCUCCGACUCCAGCAGGAGAAAGACAGAUUGCAGGCCCGACGACAACAGCUCCUCCGCAGGCUCGAGCAGGCCAGGACUCGCUAACCCUUAACCCUCGUUGGCUGAACGCCUCACAGCUAAUGGUCGACGUCAAAUGACGAACGACGGAGCGCUAAGGCUAACGGCCUAAAAUACAUUUUAGGGACACUCACUGCUGACACUUUUUUGCACAUUUUUUGACGUCAAGAAUGUUUCAGGUUUACUUUGUCACCCCAAUCACGCUACAACGGAGUUGGGUAAAGCCAACUUCUCCUCAACGGAAAGACUCUCAUAAACACAGCUAGUCUUCAAAACGUGAUUGGGUCGACGAACUUUGUGUUCACGCUCUUCCUGCAAAACGGACACUAAACAAAUGACACGAGACACUUCGAAUGGCUAUAAUCUCUCACACCUCAACGGUGCUGAAUCUCAUGGAUGUACCUCUGCGCACCUUGAUGUCAGACACUUUUGUAAAUAGAUUAGAUUUUAAAAGAACGUACACUCAGUCUGCCUUGUUUUUGUAUACGAUUAUCGUCUUUUGGUUUUUAUAAAGAUGUCAAAAGCUGCCAAUAACUAGACUGGAAGUUUAUAUACCUUUAACAAGUACUGUAAGACCUCGAUUUGUGAGGAUUUUUGUAAUAUAAGGACACAUUGUUUUGUUUUUGGAUAAUUUUUUUGUCUUAUAAUCUCUGUUAUGACACGCUUUACUAAUUCCUACAUUUAUGCUUUAGUGUGCUUCUGAUACAUACUAAAUUUGAUACUUAUAUUUUCGUAUGAAAAUGAGUUCUGAGUAGAUAUCACUUUAUCUUGUUUUUAUCCUUUUCUCUACCUUAAUGUCUUUUGUACAGAAAAUUCUUUCUAUCUCCAUUUAUAAGGCUUCUAUUGUUUGCUGUCUUUCUCUUUCUUUGUUUAUAUAUUUGUAAGUAUUGGGUUCAUAGAACUGGGUCAGUGGGGAAAAAAAGUAUUUUUUUUUCUCCUUUUGUAUAAUGUACAUUUUAGUGCUGCAACUCACAGCACUUUGAAAUACCUCAUUUUGAAAAAUAAAUAGACAUUUUGAAAA